AUGUCCUUCUCAGGCGACCUGGUCAUGAAGCCGGUCAUGAAGCCCAAUGGGUCGAGGCCAGAGGCGAAGUCCAAGCCAAGCCCUUGGGAAGUGGCUGCCAGCAUCACGGCAGGGGAGCUGCUCACCACAGUGCUGUUCUACCCUGUCGAGCUUGUGAAGAGCCGACUGCAGGCCUCCGCCAACAGCUUCGCCAGCUCCAGCUACCAAUACAGCGGAUUGGCGGAUGGGCUUCUGACCAUCCUGCAGAAGAACGGGCCUCAGGGGCUCUUCGUCGGAAUUGGACCCGUGCUGGUCCGUGCGGGCAGCUCAGACUUCGUGGCGGCCUACGCCGGCGAAGCGCUGCUCCAAAGGUUUAGCUUGCCAAGCUUGGGCUUCCUCCAGGGCCUGUUCUGGCGAACGCUGGGUUGUGGCGUCAGCGUGCUGAGCACCAUGCCGUUUGAGAGCGUGGCCGCACGGGUGACGACCUCGUUUCCGCCGCUGAGUUCCAGGGGUGCCAUGCAGGUGCUUUGGAAGGAGGGAGGUGCAUAUUCCUUUUGGCGCGGGCUCCGAGUGAACUUGGUGCUGUGCCUCAAUCCGGGGCUCACCUUUACGGCCUUGGCGCAGAUCAAGAACCUGUUGCUUUCACUCUCGCGGAGGCAAAGCCUCUCCACGCUGGAAGCAGCUUUCGCCGGAGUCUUGGCGAAGCUGUUGGCCCUUCUCCUCUCAUAUCCUUUGAUGAGAGGCAAAUCCCUGGUUCAGGCACGCGACACGGGCACAGGAGUGCUUCAUGUGUUGCGGCAUGUGGCCCGAGAUGAGGGUGCCAGGAGUCUCUAUCAGGGCUUGGGUGCCCAGCUGAGCAAAAGCCUCAUGUCCGCUGCGGUGAAAUAUGCCGUCAAGGAGCGAGUGGAAAGCUUGUUGACGCAAUCCAGAGGUACACCAUAG